CUGUCAUUCUCCACGAAACAAUUUAUUCACAAUAUGAGUCUAAACCGCAUCGGACCAAUGAGAGCUUAUAGAUGUCUUGUAGCUUUAAAAGGAGGGCAUCACAAUGUCAAUGGGACUCCGGUGGAUUUUAAAAACUUUAGCCACCAGUUGCGAAUUUUUAUUGGUGAACGCGACGCACAAGUUUUCCUUGAACGCCUGCGUGAGCGUUUUGACAACCUACCCAACUUCUAUUUUGAUUACACUGUAUCAAAUGGAAAGUUGUCUUCUGUAUUCUGGUCUGAUGAGAUUUCAAAGCUAAACUACAAAGCUUUUGGCGAUGUCCUCGCGUUUGACGCAACUUACAGCACAAACAGGUACAAGAUGGUUUUUGUGCCAUUCACGGGUGUGGAUCAUCAUUUCCAAUGUGUUACAUUUGGAGCGGGUUUGAUAUCAACCGAGUCCAUUGAAUCUUAUGUGUGGUUGCUUAAGGCUUUCUUGAAGGCACACGGUACUCAACCAACUCUCGUGCUGAGUGAUCAAGACCCAUCCAUGCUACAAGUUGUUCCUAUGGUCUUUACCGAAUCACGACACCGUCUAUGCAUGUGGCAUAUAAUGAAAAAACUACCCUCCAAGAUCUCUGCCGACGUGCUCGAUAACACUGAUCUUCGGUCCUGCAUUCACCGGUUGGUUUGGAAUGUUUAUAUCAAACCUGAAACGUUUGAGUCCCGCUGGAAUGACCUCCUACAAACAUUUGGGCUUCAAGACCACAGCUGGUUGAACGACAUGUACAACAUCAAACAUCUAUGGGUACCAGCCUACUUCAGGGAACUGCCCAUGUGUUGCUUAAUGAAGACCACCUCCCGCUGCGAAAGCUCUAACGCUGCCUUCAAGGUCAACUCAACAAGCGCAAACACCCUUGUACAAUCUAUGAUGUGCUUUGAAAAUAGGGUAGACAGCCAACGAUAUCGUCAACAUGUAUCGGAGUACAAAACCUCAUCCACAAUGUUCACUGGCAAUACUGAUUUAGCGAUAGAACAGCACGCGUUCGCCAUUUACACAAACGCUGUUUUCGCGCAAUUUCAAAAAGAGAUAAUUAAAGGGAAGUUUUUAUGCUACAUCACAAACCAAACCGAGCCCAGCAAUUCGAGUCUUCUGAUAGACGUCACUUAUUUGGAUAAAAGGAACAACAUCACAAACGUCUAUCAGACCAAUCCGCCAGUUGCUCAUGCAGGAAUUUUACACGUAUCGGAUAUCUGUGUCGCCAUGUCUUUUGCGUCUAUUGAUUGA